AUGAUGACAGUAACAGAAAAUACCGCUAAUACAAUGUCUCAAAGUAUCGAUCAUAACAACUAUGCAAUCAAUCGUUCAUAUUCAACCAUAUAUGAUUAUCGUCAUCAUAAUCCUUGGGAAAAACCAACCUAUCCAACAUUUCAUCAUCAUCAUCAAUCUCCACUAUAUUCAACCGGUAAUAUUUCAUCAAUAAAUAAAUCUUAUCAAUCACCGUCUUUUGAUACCAUUCCGAAUCUCAAUAAUACAAAUCCAAAUUUUUAUCGACGUCAUACUGAAUCAACUUUACCAACAUCAAGUUCAAUUUAUUCAUCGACACCUAAUCAACCAUCAACUAUACCAUUUAAUUAUUCACAACCUUCACCAGAAUUAUUUUUUGGAUGGAAUAAUGGAUCAUCAUUAAUGCGUACACACAGUGCUAUUUCAUAUCCCGAUUAUCCUGGAUCAACUUCAUAUCCAUCAUAUAAUCCAAUAUCAACAUCCAAUGAUAAAUCUCGAGUACCUCAAAUGGCUUCAAAUAAUCUUUAUCCGCCGUUUUUUAAUCUAUUACCGCCAAUGAAUUUUUCCUUACUACCAUCAUCGUCGUCAUCAUCAUCAUCAUCGUCAUCUAUUCCGAAUCAUACAAUGUCGAAACGUUCGAUUCCGUCCAAAAUAAAUAAACGUCCACGUUUAACUGCUCACAUUCGUAGUGAAAUUCUUAAACUUAAAUCUAAUAAACCGACAAUAUUUGUUUGGGAAAUUCAACAGAAUUUAUUACAAAAUGGUAUUUGUACUGCCCAAACAUUACCAAAUGCAUCAACUAUUCAACGUGUUCUUAAUGAAUCGUCAAAACCCAGUUUAACUAUUAAAGAAGAACCAAAAUUAAAUGUUAAUUUACAAACAAUAUUUAAUACUUCAUCACCAGUAACAAUAUGUUUAUCACCAUCACGUUCACCAACAUUAUCCGAUGGUGAAUCUGUUUCUGAAUGUUCUAUUUGUCUUGAAUCAUAUCGUAGUGGUCAAGAAGUUAGUAUAUUGGCUUGUUCACAUGAAUAUCAUUCAUCAUGUAUUGGUGAAUGGAUGUUAAAAAAUCGUUCAUGUCCAAUGUGUCGAAAAGAUAUUCAUAAUCAACCACAAUUUGUUACACUUUUAAUUUGA